GAGAGAGACGUGGCCGUAGUGGAACCCCUUGUUUACGUUGGCUGCAGUGUAGAAUGCCAACCGCCCAAUGGCAUAAGAAGCAGCGGCGAGCUCCAUUUCCUCUUUCCCUCGUCGUUUGGCCAUGGAGUCCAACGCCCUGCUCUGGUUCCGGAAGGGGCUGCGGAUCCACGACAACCCCGCCCUGGACUACGCGCGCCGGGAAUCGAACAACCUCUUUCCCGUCUUUGUAAUCGACCCCCGCUACCUCCAUCCUGAUUCCUCCGCCUUCUCCCUUGGUUCUACUCGGGCCGGCAUCAACCGCAUCCGCUUCCUUCUCGAGUGUCUCUCGGACCUCGACUCUAGCCUCCGCAGGCUCGGUUCCCGUCUCCUCGUUCUCAGGGGAGACUCUGACCCAGCCUCGGCCAUUUGCAGAAUCGUUAAGGAAUGGAAGAUCCGGAAACUCUGCUUUGAAUAUGACACGGAACCAUAUGGUCAAGAGCUGGACAGAAAAGUUAAGGAUUUUGCCUCAAAACACGGAAUCGAAGUGUUCUGCCCAGUUAGCCAUACCCUUUUCAAUCCAGCGGAUGUGAUUGGGAAGAAUGGAGGAAAACCACCUUUGACAUAUCAAUCAUUUAUAGCACUUGCGGGGAAACCUGAGGGCCCACUUGAAGUGACAUACUCCAAGCUUCCUCCUGUGGGAAAUGUUGGAGAAUCUGAAUUGCUUACUGUUCCAACAAUUGAGGAACUUGGCUACAAGGAAACGAUAGAGGAAGAGUUUCCUCCAUUUCAAGGCGGUGAAUCAGAGGCUCUUCGGAGACUUAAGGAAGUUCUUAAAGACAAGGAAUGGAUAGCAAAUUUUGAGAAACCAAAGGGUGAUCCAUCUGCCUUUCUGAAGCCAGCAACUACUGUUUUGUCCCCGUAUCUGAAAUUUGGUUGUCUUUCUUCAAGGUACUUUUAUCAACGCCUUCACAAUGUCUACCAAAUUGUUGGGAAGCACACAUCCCCUCCGGUUUCACUUCUUGGUCAGUUACUAUGGCGUGAAUUUUUCUACACGGUGGCCUUUGGAACUCCAAAUUUUGAUCAGAUGAUUGGAAAUAAGAUAUGCAAACAGGUUCCUUGGAGAGAAGACGAAGCUUUGCUUGUAGCUUGGAGAGAGGGCAGGACUGGAUAUCCCUGGAUUGAUGCCAUUAUGAUACAGCUUAAGAAGUGGGGAUGGAUGCACCAUCUGGCGCGGCAUUCUGUUGCGUGUUUCUUAACACGUGGUGAUCUGUUUAUCCACUGGGAAAAAGGACGUGAUGUUUUUGAGAGAUUACUUCUUGAUUCUGAUUGGGCAAUUAACAACGGUAAUUGGCUAUGGCUUUCUAGUUCAGCCUUUUUUAACCAGUAUUACCGCAUCUACUCUCCAAUAUCUUUUGGGAAGAAGUAUGAUCCUGACGGAAAAUAUAUCCGACAUUUUAUCCCUGUGCUAAAAGAUAUGCCAAAUGAAUAUGUUUAUGAGCCUUGGACAGCUCCUUUGAGUGUCCAAAGGAAAGCAAACUGCAUAAUUGGAAAAGACUAUCCAAGGCCAGUGGUCUCCCAUGAUACUGCGAGCAAGGAAUGCAAGAAAAAGAUGGGGGAAGUGUACGCCAAGGACCGGUCUAUGAAAAGUUGCAAAAAAGAAUCUUCUAAAUCCGCAACGUUGCGGAAAAGAAAAAACUAUUGAAGGAGACUUUCCUGGGUUGCCAUGAUCGCUGGAUUUAUCAACAAUGGGCGACCCAAGGAUGCUGGCUCUGUUUUGCUCCAAGGACUGAAAAAUGAUGAACCUUGAUCAAAUUACGCUUGAAGCUAUGUAUAGAUAUCCACAACUAUAUCAUUGAUAAGGCCAUUGAAUUGAACCUGAUUCUCUACGACUCUCUUCUGAACAUGUCAAGUGUGGGCAGAUUGGUACUGCCGAUAAGUUGUUCGAUGGAAUGACUAAAAAGUACUCCUUCUCAUGGAACAUUCUGAUACUUGGGCUUCUGGAAAAUGGGAACUUUGCGGAGGCCCUCAGGUUAUUUUCAGAGAGGAAAUCAAGGGACAUAAAGGUGAAUGAAGCAACCAUUCUCAUCUUAUUUAUUGUCCUCUUGUGGACUGCAAUGAUCUCAGGACUAGCCAUUCAUGGGCAUGGCAAAGAGGCUAUGGAAGUUUUUGGCCGAACGAAAGCUUCUAGGGAAGAUUCGGCAGAACCCAACUCGACCACAUUCUUAAAUGUUCUAUCUGCAUGCUAUAUAUAGCAAUUCACCAAAGGAACUAAAGAGAACCAUAGUUUGACUGUAAAAUGCCUAAACUCAAGUGACAAAUGUUGUAUUA